CUUGUUGACUGCCAGCUCAUGCUUAGUUUAGAAGUGGUAUUAAAAUCACCACAGUCGUUAUCAGAUAAGUUUUGCGUGGGAUCUUAUCAAGUGCUCAUUGCUCUGCCACUUGAUGCUGACAAAGUCUUGUACAGAGUAAAGAAUUGCAACCGCUGA